AUGUCCGGACGGAACGCGCCGCGCUCGAAGAAUGGUUGCAGUACCUGCCGCCGUCGCAAGGUGAAAUGCGGCGAAGAGCGCCCCAUUUGCAUGCGCUGUUUGAAUCUGAAUCUCACCUGCGAAUGGGGGGUGCCAGUCAAACGCGGGCGGAGCACACAGAUUCGACAUCUCCAACCAGCGCCAACGAGCACCCCCGAUCAGAUCAUAUGGCCUACAUCUGCUACAUCUGAGCUAGGCGACGCGGUAGCUCUGACACCGGAUGCUCUGCUCAAUGGCCUGUCACCGAUCUCCUGGCCAGGCGACUCGCCGCUGGUAGAACAGCCUCAGUCGACCUCAUUCUUCCCACCAUCUGCUCCCGCUCCAUUCGGGACUCCUCUAUACCCGCCGUUGAGCGUUAACGAGAUCGCCUGUGCCAACUCCCUCACCCUCACUGAACAUGACCAAAAGUACUUUCAAUAUUUUCCCUCUUCCUCAAUCAUCUACUACUACAUGAAAGGAUGGCAUUGGAGCAGCUUCUGCUACCUGUAUCAGGGACCUGCUGCUACUAACAAGGUGAUUAUGCGAAUGUUUCUCGCAAUGGCUGCAAGUGAUAUGCAUCGACAGGGCCUAGUCGUCAGAUCACCCGGUCGGCCUACGGCCGAAGAUCAUGGGCGUUAUCAUUACAGCCUAGCUGUCAAGGAGUUCCGACAGCUACUUGAAACGCCUCGGCGGAGUGUCUCAGUCGAAGAGCUAGAGAUUAUCUUCGCCACCAUGUUUCUCAUGGUCACGUACGAAUGGCAGUUUGGGCAUUCUGUCCGCCAUCUCCAGUUACAUCUUCAUGGGGUGCGAUCACUCUUGGAGUCGCACCCGCAGCUAUUUCGUCUCAAAGAUGUCAAUGAUGUCUUUCUGUCUCCGGAGGCCGAAAGCCCAUCCUCGGAUGAUGUCGCGAUCUCCAAGGUUUCAUUUAUCCCGGAGCAAUUCUUAUUGUGGAUACUAUACAUCGAUGCAUCUUGCCGACCGAUGGGAUUGACCGAGUCAUUGUAUGAUUAUGUCGUUCAAUCCAAAAACCCCGCCCUCCAUCCAGAUCACUUGCAUCGCUGUGCCCGUCUGUGGGGCCGCUGCUUUUGGGGAGAGCAGUACCCGGACCAGGAGGUUCUGGAUGACAUUGAAAACUACAGAGCCUUGGAGCUGUUGCAUGCCGGUUUCUGUUUCCGCCAUCGAACCUGGAAGGUCCUCGUAGACUCUGGGGGGACGUCCGACACUACCGAGUCCCUUUAUAGCGAGAUACUCUCUACUCGCGAUAAAUUUUCUGAUCUCUUCAUCACAGCAAAAUUUGCCGGCACUGUCUCGGCGCGACGGACACUCAACACGAUAUAUAUGGCCGUGUGCACCUUUUACGCGCAGGUCAUUCUACAUCGCCGGCUCCUCUGUGUUGAAAGCCUUCCUGCGUCCCUGCACAGGCAAGCCACGGCCGGUAUCGUGGACAUUGCCCGAAAGCAAUUUGCGUCCGAUCCUCGACUACUACAACGCUUGCAUUGGCCUCUUUUGAUGGCCGUCAUCGAGACAGACGAUACCAGCCACCGGGUGUGGCUCCGGCAACGGCUAUUUGAGCUUCGUGACUCCUCCCACUCGGAGUACAUUUGGGCCAACGAAGUGGCCGAUCAGAUCCUGGCUCAGCAGGACUUGAAUCCAGGUUGCUAUGCGAAUCUUGCGGGGCUACUCCUCCGACGGCUUCAUGUGCAAUGA